CCGGCAAUGGCGUAGAAAGCUUGUACAUUUUCAUGAGCUGUGGUGCGUACAGUCACGUGUGGUGGGCAGGUCGUGACCCGAGAUACCGUACUGAGAGCCAGCAGCCAGAGGGUCAGAGAUUUGUUGAAGUCUUCUUGCCCUUGUCAGGGUCCAUGCGGAGUCGUCUGGGCGGGCCUUUGUUUGUGGAAGGGUUCCUUGCGCAGGCUUAGGAGACCGGUGGCCUCAUCUGUGGUUUUGAUGGUUAAUGGUCGUGCUGUACUGGGUUUGUUUCUAAAGACCUUGUUAGCAGACCUCUGGUGAUAAGACGAUAUUGUUCUUGAAGUACUGAAGUUUUUUACGUGUGUGGGGGCUUUUGAUUUGAAAGGCAAGAAGCUCUGCCCUGUUUUGCACCACAGCGGAAGUACUUGCAAGUUUUUGGAUCCCAGAAGCACACGGGGCUGCAGUACGGUAUGGCUCACUCUCUGGCAGUGGCGCAGAGGGCUGGUGUUGUUUCUAUGGGAGUGCAGCAUGUAAGUGUGAAAACAAGUCGUCAGCACUCCAGCGAGGCACUGCCAACUUUGAGCGGAAGAUGGGACGGGCGCGUGCAGAGACAGACCUCAGCUUUCCUUGGGGCAGCGGUUGUGGACAGCAGAUCUGUCCGGUCUGUGCAAAGUGGGAGGGCGCAAGCUGCAGUUACUGCGUCCAUCUUUAGGGACACAAAGACGAAUGCUCGGCGCACAAGCAGGAGUGUGAGGCAAGGUGUUGGUGUUCCUUGGAGGAGCAACUCCACUCAGCUUCCCAAGGACGAUGAACCGGGCAUCUCUGGCCGCAUCGAAGGCGAAGAGAAGCCAUUCUGGGAAAGCCCUUUUGCAGUUAACUUCAAGCGGAACGCGCGGGUCAAGGGGACAGUGCAGGAGGUCUUUGAUUAUGUUUCCGAUCUGAGCCACACAGAAGAGUGGGACCCUGCCCUGCCCAAGUCCUGGAAAGACACAGCAAGUCCUAUCAUUGAUGUUGGCACCACUUUCAGCUUGGAGUCGUGCUUCAAGAUUGGGCCCAUCAAGAAGUAUGCAGUUACACAGUACACUGUUAUUGACUAUGAGCCAGCCAGAGAGUGGCAGUACAUUGAUUGGCCAAGGGACGUCCCCGUCGCGCGGGUCAGCUACCUGGCGCAGUCCAUCGCACAUAGAUCUAUUGACACCUUCACUUUCUUUGGCGACGGGCCUGGAAGGACGCGGGUGACGUACUCGUUCACCCUCUUGCUCAAGGGCCCGUUAACCCACUUCACGACCCCACUUUUCAAGCCGGCGUUGUGGCUCCUUGGAGUGGAGGCAGUCAAAGGGUUGGAACGACGCCUUAACAAGAGUCCUGUUCUACACACCGGUGUGAUGGCGGGCUUCCGAGAUGAAGUUGGUAAUUGGCUCUUGCAAGGAGUUUCCAUGGGAGGGUGGGGGGCUAUUUCAAGCAUUCCGAUUGUUGAUGGAGAAAGCUUGCUGUCCUUGUUCCUGAAGACGGCCGGCCCAAACCUCCUUAGCUGGCCCGCAAGGCCGCCCCCGAAUGACCCUUCGUGGAUCUGGCUAGGUACGUGGCAUGCAGGCCUGUUCCUUUUCAUGGGACUGAGCAAGUAUGGGAUCAAGCAGAGGAAGCUUGGAGGUGUUGAGUAGCAAACAAAAGCGAACAUGUAAAGAAGCAAUUACAAAUAGGGUAAGUUUCAUACCUGUCAUUCUUUGGCAAGGUUUAGGACAACAUUGCAGUCUGCACGCAUUCUUUGCUCAAUUGCAUGUUAGGAGUUGCAUACAGAUUGAAAACGUAGCUUAAGAUUCAUUGGGCAAAACCGAUGGUAUCUUGAAGAGCAGCCACUAGCAUUCCUCAUAGAUCACGAAUGAUUGCAUAUUCAGUCAUU